GGCAAUUUUUCCACGAUUGGUUUUAUGCCACGAGCAGUGUCCAAGAAUGCCAAGCCUGACAGUUGGAGUGCCUGGGAGAGCGGAGGCUUCGUGGCCGUUUGUCUGCCGUCGAUCAUCGGACACAAAUUAUGGCUGCGGAUUGAGAGGUUUGUGUGGCUUCGUGCACCAACUGCACCCUUCUCUUAGAGAGGUUGUCCCUGCUAGAGGGACGUGUCCGCCAGUUAGAGCAGAAUUGCGCGAUAACUGUAGAUGUGGCGGAUACAGACGCGGGCUGUAGUCAGCCCGCUAGCCCAGUUAGCAUUAGCCCCAAGCGGCUUGCUAAUCGCCAUGAGCCAGGUAAGACGCAUAGCCGUCCAAAGUCAUCUCGGUCUACUGGCCCUCGCACUUUGGUCAUAGGUGACUCCAUUACCCGAAAUAUUACGCUUAAAAAUCCAGCCACGGUAAUGUGUAUUCCUGGGGGCAGAGCACCCGACAUAGAAGCUAAUCUUAGGGAGCUGACUCGCAAUAGGUCUAGUCAACAGCGUAGUUCCAUCAACACUAGCUACUCGGACAUAGUGAUACACGUCGGCUCCAAUGAUGUUAGGAUGAGGCAGUCGGAGAUCACAAAGAGAAACAUAGCGAGGACUUGUGAUCUCGCUAGAAAGAUGAGUCGGCAUCGAGUAUUUGUCUCUGGCCCCCUGCCUGGGAGAGGCGCUGAUGAGAGGUUUAGUAGAUUAGUCUCCCUUAAUCGAUGGAUGGCUGGGUUCUGUAAGAAGCAGGGACUGUAUUUUAUAGAUAACUGGCCUUCCUUCUGGGGCCGCCCCGACCUGCUGAGGAAGGACGGCCUUCACCCUAACCGUGAAGGCGCCUUCACUCUUUCUAGGAAUAUAGAUUACUGUUUGAGCCACACAUGACAGGUCACUUUAGAGCAGGCUGGGUCACAGGUGAUUAGACCACCUGUCAGGAUGGGUUUGGAGUCUGUUAAGAUAAAGUUAACUAGCGCUAGGCUCGACUCCCAGCAUGCACAUAGCUCCUUGUGUAGACUAGAGCGUGAUAGUAUGAAUAGUGCUACAAUACACAUAAACGCACUUUCUACUGGGGUAGUAGACAAAUCCAUUCACUCCACCCCGACCGGUUUUGCUGAGGAAACGGUGCCGGUUUCGGAUAAUUCUACACGUGUAACAAAUAUUUACUAUCAGAUUCCCACGGUCGUAUCAUCCCACCGCGCUAACAAACAUUUGAGAGGUGAUGUCAGGCCUAGAGAACACAAUCUUACUCGCAUUUCGUAUAAAUAUCCUUCGAUAGAUACGCACCCGGAUCGACCAAUUACACUUAAACUUGGUUUUAUGAAUAUUAGAUCGCUUCAUACGAAAGCCAUUCUCGUUAAUAAUCUCAUCACAGAACAUAAUCUAAACGCUUUUGGUCUCUGCGAGACCUGGUUAAAACCUAAUGAACUGAUGCCGCUUAAUGAGGCCUCGCCUCCAAAUUUUGUGAGCUCGCAUGUGGCGCGUCCUCGAAAAAAGGGUGGGGGUGUCGCCCUCAUCUCAAAUUCCGAGCUUAGUUUUAGGCCUCGUUCGAUCAACGUAUUUAAAACAUUUGAGGUUCUCAUUGUCCGAUCCACCGCUUUACCGUCAUUUUAUCUUGCUGUUAUUUACUGUCCACCCGGGGCUUACUCUGGCUUCCUGGAUACAUUUUCAGAAUUUGUGGCUGAUCUAGUAACCAAUGCGGACAAUAUAAUUAUCAUGGGUGAUUUCAACAUCCACAUGAAUUUACCGUCAGAGCCACUUACUUCGGCGUUUCAGACUUUAACUGAUACCUUUGGUUUUACGCAAGCUGUACAGGCAGCAACGCACAAGAAUGGAAAUACCAUAGAUCUGGUAUUAUCCCGAGGACUUGCAACCUCAAAUAUAGCAGUACUGUCAUACACUACUGUUUUGUCUGAUCAUUACUUAAUAAAGUUUGAAAUUCUAGUUCCUUGUCAAAGACAAGAGAGCAAUCAGCAUUAUAGGAGCCGUCAUUUCAACUCCAUGACUGCAACUGCGCUAUCUGAGAUACUGUCGCCGGCAACCGCUAUAUUUCUCACAUACGCCGGCUCUAUUGAUAAUCUUACAAAUGAAUUCAAUGCGACAUUAUUAAAUGCCAUUGACUCUGUGGCGCCGUUACAUCUGAAAACUCGCCGUAACUCUCAACUUUUAAAAGCGCGUCUCCGUGGUUCACAGAUGAAACGCGUACGCUUAAGCAAUUAUGUAGAAAGCAUGAGCGCAGAUGGCGUCUAACCAAACUUGAGGUUUUCCAUCAGGCAUGGCAGGAUAGCCUCCUGAAAUAUAAAGAUGCGCUUAUCUUAGCAAAAACUCGGUAUUUUUCGCAAGUUAUUAAUCUCAAUGAAAACAAUCCGAAACACCUAUUUGAUACAGUGGCAAAGCUGACUCAGCGCCAGCCGACCCCCGAUAGUUACUUCCACUCAGCUGACGAGUUCAUAAAAUUUUUUGCUCAAAAGAUUGAAUCCAUUAGGGACGAGAUCAAUAAUACCAUUCCAAUCGCUCGGUCGAGCCCGCCGUUUACCAACGCUGAUGAUCAUGCAACACCCCUCUCAACUUUUAAAAGCGCGUCUCUUGAAAGGCUUACACAAUUGGUUAGUGCGGCUAAACAAACAACAUGUUUACUCGACCCUCUUCCAGCCAAACUACUUAUUAUUAUUUCAAGUUUUAGGCCCGUCCCUCUUAAAUAUAAUCAAUCUGUCUGUCUCCUCUGGAAUAGUGCCAACAGCCAUUAAAACCGCUAUCAUUAAACUGUUACUUAAGCGACCAAAUCUUGACCCGGACUGUCUCAGUAAUUAUAGGCCAGUUUCAAACCUCCCAUUCAUAGCAAAACUUCUUGAAAAAGUAGUAGCGCAGCAGCUUAUUGAUUACAUGGUCGCCAAUAAUCGAUAUGACACUUUUCAGUCUGGUUUUAGAGCUAAUCAUUCCACUGAGACAGCACUUGCUAAAGUGACUAACGAUCUGGUCAUAGCUAUGGAUUCAAACACUUCGUCUGUACUGUUACUACUCGAUCUUAGUGCUGCCUUCGACACUGUAGACUUCGAUAUUUUAUUAGGGCGUCUUAAAAGUUGUGUUGGUAUUUCAUGGUCAGCACUAGGCUGGUUUCAUUCCUAUCUAUCAAACAGGACGCACCGAGUGGUCCAUGGUAAUGCGUCCUCGGAGCUCUAUAAUGUUACAUGUGGUGUCCCACAGGGAUCGGUUCUCGGACCAAUUCUUUUUAAUAUUUAUAUGAUUCCGCUUGGGGACAUAAUACGUAAAUAUAAUACUAGUUUUCAAUGCUAUGCGGAUGACACCCAAUUAUAUAUGCCGUUAUCGAUGACAGAUCCGCGGGAUUGUUGUAAUCUUGAGGCGUGCCUUGCGGAGAUCAAGCAAUGGAUGUCUCUCAACUUCCUUCGUCUUAACCCAGAUAAAACUGAGAUGUUGAUAAUUGGUCCAACUCGUUAUCAACACUUAUUCAAGGAAACCGCUAUAACUAUAGAUAACCGUACUAUCACUCAAAGCGAUACUGUAACUAAUCUCGGGGUACUAUUUGACCAAACUCUCUCCUUUCAAAAGCACAUUAAGAAUAUAACCAGAAUUGCGUUUUUUCACCUUCGUAAUAUUGCAAAGAUUCAUCCGAUCCUCUCGACCGGUGAUGCGGAAACUAUUAUACAUGCGUUCGUCACGUCGCGCCUGGACUACUGUAAUGUACUAUUUUCGGGUCUUCCUAAGUCCCGCAUCUAAAGUCUACAGUUAGUACAAAAUGCUGCUGCAAGGCUGCUCUCUCGGACAAGAAAAUUUGAUCACAUUACCCCAAUACUAGCCAACUUACAUUGGCUCCCGGUCCAUUUAAGAUGUGACUUCAAGGUUCUUCUAUUAACCUAUAAAUCGCUGCAUGGCUUAGCGCCUUCAUAUCUCGUCGACCUAGUUGUUCCUUAUGUUCCAUCUCGUAACCUUCGUUCGCAGAACGCUACCCUUUUAGCGACACCGAGGGCCAAGAAAAUGUCUGCAGGCUCUAGAGCAUUUUCUAUUCGGGCUCCAGAGCUUUGGAAUGCCCUACCAAUGGAUAUUAGGACUGCUACCUCAGUAGAAACAUUUAAGACACGUUUAAAGACACAUUUCUAUGACAUGGCCUUUAACUAACCUGUAGUGGCCGAUUCGGCUGGAGUUUGUUUUCUCUCCCUCUCCACCCCCUCCCUCCCCCCUCCCCGGCCGGGGAGAUGGUUAGGUGGCACCCAUGCUGACAGCGGCUAUCUGGAUUCUCGUGGGCCAAUUCAGGAUGGGGGAACUGCAGCUCAACCUCCUCGAAGACACUGCCAGGACAAUUGAGGGCUCCUUCGGCAGCCCUCUGCUAUGACAUGGACAUCCACUUUUUAUUUAACUGAUUUUCAUGUUGUAUCAUUUGUGCCCUCUCUGCAUCCAUUUCAACCUGGUGAUCCUGAAAGGGGGAUCCUUCCAUCUGUGGUCCCUUCUCAAGGUUUCUCAUUUUUCCCCGGUAGGGGUUUUUAAGUUUUUCCUUGCCCUUUUGGGAGCUUAAGAUCAGGGGAUGCUUUGAGAAUAAUUGUCAAUUUCUGUCUAUGUGAAGCCCUUUGAGACUGCUUGUGAUUUAGGGCUAUACAAAUAAACUUGACUUGACUUGACAAAAA